CUGUGGCUGGCGCGCAGGCGCAGGGAGAGAAGCCGCGUGGGGCGCGGGGGGAGGCGGUGCUGGGCCCGUGGGGCGGUCAGCGGGAUAUUCCAGAGCGGCGAAAGCGGUUCAUAGGAAGGCUUACUGUUGUCCAUUUCACAUCCUUUGGAUCUGAAGCUCACCAUUAGGCCCACCAAAAGCUCAUGAAAAGUCUUUGAAAUCAGUCCCUUUCUUGUGAAAACGAUUUUCCCCCUUGCUAUCCAAUGGCUUUCUUUACUGGGCUCUGGGGUCCUUUCGCCCAUGUAAGCAGAGCACUCAGCCAACGCUGUUUCAGCACCACCAGGACCCUCAGUGCUAUUCAGAAGAUGACACGCGUGCGUGUGGUGGACAACAGUGCCCUGGGCAACACCCCAUACCAUCGCCCUCCUCGGUGCAUCCACGUGUAUAACAAGAGUGGGGUGGGCAAGGUGGGUGACCGGAUACUGCUGGCCAUCAAAGGACAGAAGAAAAAGGCGCUCAUCGUGGGGCAUCGCAUGCCCGGUCCUCGGAUGACCCCCAGGUUCGACUCCAACAACGUGGUCCUCAUUGAGGACAAUGGGAACCCUGUGGGCACCCGAAUUAAGACACCCAUCCCCACCAGCCUACGCCGGAGGGAAGGCGAAUUUUCCAAGGUGUUGGCCAUUGCUCAGAACUUUGUGUGAGCAGAGCCCAGGCCACUGGCGGCAGUGGGGCUCACGAAUGGAGCAGUUCCAAAAACCACGCCAUCGCUGAUGGGGAGCUUGGGUCCCUGUGGCUGGGGAACAGUGUCCUGUGAGAAAUAAACACUUUUUUAGGUAU